AUGGUAGUGGGUGCUUGUGUUUUUAUGUUUGUAUUUUCUGCCAACCUGUAAUUUUUCCGAUAUAGAGAAAUAAUGUAAAAUACAAAUUAGUGUAAUUAAUUAUUUCACUAUUUUCGUAAUUUAGUUCAAAAUCAUGGGUGUACCAGCGUUCUUUAGAUGGUUAAGCUCAAAAUAUCCAAGUGUGAUAGUGAAUUGUGUGGAACAAAAACCUGUUGAUGUUAAUGGGGUGAGCAUACCAAUAAAUUCAGCAGAACCGAAUCCAAAUGGAAUCGAAUUUGAUAAUUUAUACCUAGAUAUGAAUGGUAUAAUUCAUCCUUGCACUCAUCCAGAAAGUAAGCCAGCGCCUAAAAAUGAAGAUGAGAUGAUGAUAGCCAUUUUUGAAUGUAUUGAUAGAUUAUUCAGAAUUGUAAGGCCAAGGAAGUUGCUGUAUAUGGCCAUCGAUGGUGUGGCACCAAGGGCUAAAAUGAAUCAGCAAAGAUCCCGACGUUUUAGAGCAUCUAAAGAAACUGUGGAGAAAAUCCAGGAGGUUAAAAGAAUUAGAGCUGAAUUACUGUUAAAGGGUUGUGUUUUACUACCUGAAAAACCAAAGGAAGAUCAUUUUGAUUCUAAUUGCAUUACUCCAGGUACUCCAUUUAUGGCUAGGUUGUCUGAUUGCCUAAAUUAUUAUAUUCUUGAGAGACUUAAUAACGAUCCUGGGUGGCAAGGUAUUAAGGUUAUACUUUCUGAUGCAAACUGUCCUGGAGAAGGUGAACACAAGAUAAUGGACUACAUAAGAAAACAAAGAGCUCAACCAGAUCAUGACCCAAAUACCCAACAUUGUUUAUGCGGGGCUGAUGCAGAUUUGAUUAUGUUAGGUCAUGAAAUGAAAGACUGUGCAGGAGGAAGUAAGUCAGAGCAUGAAACACCAGGUGUUUCUUUUGGAUCAGAACCAGAUUUCAUCUUUGUAAGACUGAAUGUCUUAAAAGAAUAUCUUAGAAAAGAUCUCCUUAUGCCGAAUUUACCAUUCGAAUAUGACUUUGAAAGAGUAAUAGAUGAUUGGGUGUUCAUGUGCUUUUUUGUUGGUAAUGAUUUUUUGCCUCAUCUGCCUAGUUUGGAAAUCAGGGAAGGUGCUAUAGACAGAUUAGUACGUCUUUACAAAGAUUGUGUUUAUAAAACAGGGGGCUACUUAACAGAUAGUGGUGAUGUUAAAUUGGAAAGAGUUCAGAUGAUAAUGUUGGAAUUGGGAAAAAUGGAGGAUGAAAUUUUUAAAAGUCGACAACAAAAUGAGCUUAAAUUUAAGGCUAGACAAAAAGCAAGAAAGAGGCAACAGGCAUAUAAUGAAUUUAAACCAAAUUGGAAUUUGGUAAAAGGCACUCAAUUUGAACCAAAGGCUAUUGGACAUCAAAAGACAUUGGUGAAUGUAAGAGACGAGGCAUAUAGUAUUAGAAAAGCAGGAAUGCACACACAAUCCAAGGUUGAUAUCAAGCUUCAAACUACAAAUGCUAAAACUGCAUUGGAGUCAAUGUUCAGACCUGCCGGUAGUUCAAGUUCUGGCAAUGACGAACCUCGAGGAGAAAAAAGAAAACAUGAUGACGAUUCUGAUGAUGAUCAGGCUCAUGAUGAAGUUAGGUUGUGGGAAGAUGGAUUUAAAGAUCGAUAUUAUGAGUCUAAAUUUGAUGUUGGACCUCAAAAUUUAGAGUUUAGGUAUUCCGUAGCUUUACAUUAUGUUCGAGGAUUAUGCUGGGUACUUCGGUACUAUUACCAAGGUUGUGCUUCGUGGAAAUGGUAUUUUCCAUACCAUUACGCACCAUUUGCAUCAGAUUUUUGUAAUAUAGCAGGAUUAAGCACUGAAUUUGAAACUGACACAAAACCGUUUAAUCCACUAGAACAACUUAUGGGUGUUUUCCCAGCUGCUAGUUGCAAGCAUGUACCUGAACCAUGGGCUGAGUUGAUGUCGGAUCCGGAUUCCCCGAUCAUCGAUUUUUACCCAGAAGACUUCAAAAUCGACUUGAAUGGUAAAAAGUUCGCCUGGCAAGGUGUGGCUUUACUCCCGUUUGUCGAAGAAACAAGGCUUUUCAAGGCAUUAGAACCCUAUUACAAGAAGUUAUCUCCAGCCGAGAUCAAGAGAAAUAUUAAAGGAGACGAUAAGUUAUAUGUAAACCCCAAAAAUAAAGCGUUUGAUACAAUGUCGGGUUUGUACAAUCAGAAAGUGGACACUGAUGCUGAGUGUGCUGUUUCUUUUGAUGGUAUGAGAGGAACUAUUCUAAUAUCAGAGAUAAAUGUAGUCGUUGGAGGAGUCUUGAAUUCUCCUGUAUCCGAUUUAGAACCGAUUACUGAAAACAAAGUAUGCACAGUAAGAUUCCGGGAUCCAAAAUAUGACAAGGGAUUUAUAUUUCCGGCGAAAAGGCUCGAAGGAGCUAAAGAUCCUCCAACAGUUUUAAAACCAGGCGAUCUUAGCAGAGAAGACAAUAGGAAUUGGAGACCACAAAUUGGAAUGGCCAGGUCCAACACCAGGGCAACAUUGGAUGUUUCCGGACAUAGAACACUUUCACACCACGUACCGCGAGGUGGAUAUUCCAGAUCUAUGGGUCAGUAUGGUAAUGUUCCUCCACCAAAUAAUUUUGACAACAGGAAUUCUUAUAAUGGUUACAGAAAUCAGAGACAACAAGGUCAUAAUUAUCAACAUCCAUACAGCAACAAUUAUAACAACAACCGUGGCAACCAAAGCAGUUACGACAACCGUGGCAACUACAACCAAUACGGGAAUCAAGACAGGUCGUAUAAUCGGGAUCGACAGGGAAGACCUCCUGGGCCGUACAGGGAUAGAUACGAAUCGGGAAAUAGAUAUUCCAGAAGAUAAAUUGCAAUUUACAAAAAAGAUUUACUAUAUAUAAGAACCUUUGGGUUCAAAUCUAAUAUUUACGAACGUUGAGAUCCUCUAAUUUUCUCAUGAAUUAAAAUUAUGAAUGGUGUAUAUGUGUACACGACGAUUUUAGUGAUUUUCUCUUUGUUUGUACAAUAUUUGAAAUAAGAUUUUUUAUGCCGGUAUUCUUUAACAAGACUGGUUAAAAGUACUACAAGAUAAGUCUUUUUACUACUGUUAUUUUUAUAUUUGCUUCAGAAAUGCUGAUCUUUAAGAGUAGCAUUUGUCCAUUUGAAAGCUAAAAACAAAUAGCUUCGUAUAUGAGGUACAAAAUAUAUUUUGUAUACGAAUCUCCAAUACAAUACUGCAUCAAUUCAAAUUUGGUUUGUUCUAAUCGGCUCUUUUGAUUAAUUUGUCAUUAUUAGAGUGUAUAAUAGAUUUAAGCUCUUUGGGAAAUCCUCUGAAGCGAAUAUUUUGUUUGUAUGUGUGUAAAUAAUAAAAUUGAAAUAAGUAUUAAACUAAGAAACUUUGAAUUAUUUUAUCACGGAUAAUAUAACUUUUAUCUUUUUAUCACAUCGCUUCUAAUAUCAAGUCUGAUGUUCUUUGCCUCAUAGUGAGUAAGAUUCGUGGUGAGACCCCUUUCAAAUACGUUUUCCCUAAUUUCCUCAUCAUAUAGCUUAUGUUAUCUUAAUCGGAAGCAAUCAUUGAAGUAGUCGUUUGCGAUUAAGGGAAUGUACAAGCAGUCUUCUUCAAUUUAAAUACCUAUAUAUCUGCAGUUUUCUGUCAAGUUUUUUUUAAAACAUUGUAAGGCACAAGUGGUCAUCUAUAAUCUCUUUAUAAACUUGAAACGGACUUGUAAAGUUAUUUUGUAAAUAUUAUAUUUUAAAUACUAAAUAUCAUACGAAAUAAUUUCACGCAAACUGAGACAUAUAUACAGGUGGGUACGGCAAGAGUUGGAUGACUCAAAAACAAAUUGACUUCUUGUUGAGUUCUUACAGUAUUGAAUUGGUGCAUCGAAUGAAUCACGCAUUAGAAUAAAUAUGUAAUGAUAAAAGGUAGGAACUUCUUUCAACAAAAGGUAGGAGUUGAUAGAAGCAGUAUUUUAAUGUGUUUGACAAAUUGUUACAAGGUGUUUGGAAUUAAAGUGUAU